AUGGCUGAGUGGAUGAACGAAUUGACACAUCCUUCAAGCGAUGGUGAACCCCGGGCCACCCUCCACCCCGGCCGCGACCUGGUCACCCCGCAGCGCUGGCUCCGGUCGGGCGACUUCGGCGCCGGGCCCGGGCAGCAGCAGCAGCAGGAGGGCAUCGAGGUCGUCACGGGCCAGCGGUGGGCGCGCGUGGACCUGGAGAAGAUCCUGCGCAGCGACGGCGACGGUCACGGUGUCGUGGAGCGGGACGACAGGGGCUGUUCGCGGACUCACGCGACACCGACAGACCCGGCCGCGGGCCUGGAGCGUCUGCGGGAGCGCCUGGCUGCCGACGCCGAGACGGAGGUUCUGGAGCUUGUGGGGGAGACGCCGACGGAGGCGGCGUGGGGGGUUCUGGGGUCGCGGGUGCGGGGCGUGCGGUGGCUGCUCGUCGAGGCCGGGUUCGAGGAGGACUGGGUCGACGCGGGGUUCCCGCUGGGGUGGCCGCUCGAGCUGCUGGUCGUGUCGUCGGCGGGCGGGGACCUCGUGGGCACGCCGGCUGUGCUGGAGGGGAGGGUGCCGCACCUCGUGCUUGUGCGGACGUGUAAUCUGCGGUUCGAGGGACCGGGGAACGAGGUGCUUGAUCGUAGCGAGGAGCUGGGCUGCGAGGAGGAGGAGAGCUUCAACAAGGCGAGGGAGGAGGGCAAGUCCGGCAUCAAGUGCAUUUUCAGGCCGGGAAGGGCCGCUAAGUGGCUAUGUAACAAGUACCUGGGCGAGAGGGAGUGGCCAACGCCGGCACCGGAGGACUGUCCGCCCUCGCGGCUGAAGAUGCUGGAGAUCCUGGAAAACGACGCCAUCGACACCUUCCAGCGCCUCGCCAUGGCCCACAGCCACCUCGCCAUGGGCCUCGAGCGGCUGUACCUCCGAUCGACGACCGAGAACGACUUCGUGCUCACGCCCGAGAGCAUCUUCCCCCAGCUCUUCCCGGCGAUGCACAACCUCAAACACCUGCAGCUGAUCCUGGACUACCCUUUCGAUGACGGCACGAUCCUGCCGACCCUGCACCGGUCCCUGCCGCCCAACCUGGAAGCCCUCGAGUUCCGCGGCCCGGUGUCCCUGGCCGCGGACGCGCGGUUCGACGACUGGAUCGCCGCAUUCGGAGACCCGGAGUUUCUGCCCGCCCUGAAGAGGCUCAGCUUCGCCCUCGACCUGGGCAAGGAGCCGAGCGAGGAGGACGCCGCGUCGGGGGCGUCCCGGGUGGUGGAAAAGCUGCUGGCGGGGGCGGCCGCCAGGGGUGUCGUCGUGGAUGAGUUUCGCGACCCGUGGCACGGCGUCUUUUGAUUUCGAUUAAUGACUGACGACAACAUAAGAGAGAGUUAGAUGUCGCCAUGUAAGAGCAGUGGCGUCUUGCGGCGUUUUUGGGUGCAAUUUGCGCAACAGGAACUCCCCUCAGUAAGAAAUUGCCUCCGCAAGGAACUCCCCUCCACAGAACUCCCCUCAGCAAAUGUACAAAUUAGAAACAAUUAGAACCCCAGCCCAGAGCGGUCGGGGUUUCGCAACAAUAAACU